AUGAGCGAUGAUAAGCGUACGAGAAAUUUGAGGAACAACCCUAAUGAAGGAAGCAGCGAGGAUGAGGCAACGAGGAAAUCCGAAACAAACGAUCGAAGGUGGUUCUUCGUCUUCAAGUGGAUUGAGGCAACAAUGGCAAUAUGGGCCAAAGAGGUUGUGGUUUCAUGGAAUGGUCCGAGGUCGAAGAAGAUAAUACCGGGUCUAUUACAGAAUAUCAAUAGAAAGGAGGAAGAAAUUAAGAGGCUAAAUGCAAGGAUUGAAGAAGCUGCCAAUGAAGACUCCAAGUGUAAUGGGAAAUUUGUGUUGGUAGUGGUGGUUAAUGUAAUUUGCAGCAACUGGUUAUAUAAGACCAUUCCAGCAGCUGGUGUGGAGUUGUCUCCGUUCACUGCAUGGUCGCGCUUGUGGAAGUCGAGGUUUCCGCCAAAAGUGCUCAACUUUAUAUGGAGAUGUGCUAGGGCCAUCCUCCCUACUCGUACGAUUCUGUUGGGGCAUGGUGUUAUGAUUGAUGUGGAGUGUCCACUGUGCCACUCUCACCCGGAAACUCCAUUACAUCUCUUUAGGCAGUGUAUCCAUACUAGUGCCUUCUGGGAUAAUAUUUUGGAUGUUCCUGUGCCUGUGCAGGAUGAGUGUUUUGAGGGGUGGCUCUCUUGGAUUUUUGAAAUUAAGGAUGCUCAUGUAAUUCUCUAUUGUGUGGCGUUGUUUUGGUCCAUCUGGCUUUGCAGGAACGAUGUUGUUUGGAAUCACAAACAAUGGAUUCCAGGCGAUGUGACGAGGCUUGCCUCCCGUCUGGUGCAUGAGUGGAACAGUUUGGGUGUUAACGGUGCAGAGACUAUCGCUGUGGCUCCCAUGCAGUUUGACCAGUCUAUGUUGAGCAGCAAUACUAUUACUAUCCACGUCGAUGCUGCAGUGUUUCCGGACAGGGAUGAUGGUUUUGUGGCGGUUGUUGCGCAUGAAGGUGGGAGCAGAUCUGUAGCGGCCAUGAAUGGUUCGGUCAGGUGCCUGCAGAAUCCUAUUCUUGCUGAGGCUUUGGCGAUUAAAGAAGCCCUCUCUUGGGCUAAGAAUAAUGGUUGGGAGAGAUUGGUGCUUUACUCAGACUGCCAACUAGUUUGUCAGAUGUUAGAGGGUUCCUCUAUGAUUUAUUCUUAUGUUGGUUGUGUUCUUCGAGAUUGUCUUGCUCUGAAACGAUUAUUUGUUGAGAUAUCGUUUCACUUUGUUUCUAGAUCAGCGAAUACGCUUGCUCACGCUUUAGCUCGAGCGGCGGCUUCUCAGUCUGGUCCUCGUAGUUGGUUUUUCACUAUUCCGGAUUGUAUUCAGCAUUUGAUUUUGAGCUAUUAA